AUGAUGAACUUUCUGCGGCGCAGGCUCUCGGACAGCAGCUUCAUCGCCAACCUGCCCAAUGGCUACAUGACCGACCUGCAGCGGCCGGAGCCGCAGCAGCCUCCGCCGCCGCCGCCUUCCGCGGGCUCCUCGGCCCCCGCCUCGGGCUCGCCGGCCGCGGAGCGCCGGCAGCAGCCGCAGCCCGCGCCCCCUCAGCAGCAGCAGCCGCCGCCGCCGCAGCAGUCCGCGGGCAGCAGCUUCUUCAGCUCGCUCUCCAACGCCGUGAAGCAGACGGCGGCCUCGGCGGGGCUGGUGGACGCGUCCGCCGCCGUCUCCGCGGCUGUCGGCAGAAAGUUCAAGCUGCUCCUGGUCAUCGACGAGCCGCACACCGACUGGGCCAAGGCUUUUCGUGGCAAAAAGAUCCAUGGAGAGUAUGACAUAAAGGUGGAACAGGCAGAAUUUUCAGAAAUCAACUUGAUAGCCCAUGCUGAUGGCAAUUAUGCAGUUGAUAUCCAAAUAAUUCGAAAUGGCACGAAAGUUGUCAGGUCAUUCCGGCCCGACUUCGUGCUGGUGCGGCAGCAUUCCUACAGCAUGGCGGAGAACGAGGAUUUCCGCAACCUGAUCAUCGGGAUGCAGUACGCCGGCAUCCCCAGCGUCAACUCCCUCGAGUCCAUCUACAACUUCUGUGACAAGCCCUGGGUGUUUGCCCAGCUGGUGUCUGUCUACAAAACCUUGGGUCCAGAGAAGUUCCCUCUAAUCGAGCAGACGUUCUACCCAAACCACAAGGAGAUGCUCACAAUGCCAACCUUUCCUGUUGUUGUGAAGAUUGGACAUGCUCACUCAGGCAUGGGAAAGAUCAAGGUAGACAACCACUACGAUUUUCAGGACAUAGCCAGCGUGGUAGCACUCACUCAGACCUACGCCACCACUGAGCCCUUCAUAGACUCCAAAUAUGACAUCAGGAUCCAAAAGAUAGGCAGUAACUACAAGGCAUACAUGAGAACUUCCAUAUCUGGGAACUGGAAGACAAACACGGGCUCUGCCAUGCUGGAACAAAUUGCUAUGUCAGAUAAGUACAAGCUUUGGGUCGACACCUGUUCUGAAAUAUUUGGUGGUUUGGACAUCUGUGCUGUUAAAGCUGUACAUGGGAAGGAUGGAAAAGAUUAUAUUUUUGAGGUGAUGGACUGUGCCAUGCCCCUGAUUGGGGAGCACCAGGCUGAAGACAGGCAGCACAUCACCGAGUUAGUCGUAAGCAAAAUGAACCAAAUGUUGUCCAAAACUCCUAUUCCAUCUCCUCAGAGACCCACUGCCACUCAGCAGCCUCAGAGUGGAUCACUAAAGGAGCCAGAGCCAAACAAAAUCCCACCUCAGCGACCACCACCUCAAGGGGGCCCAGUGCAACCCCAAGGAAUGCAAUCCCAAAGCCAGGAGCCAUUGCAGCCCCAGCGCGUGUUCCCCGCGGGGCAGGCAGCAAAGCCCGCAGCCUCGCAGCCCCAGCGCCCGCCCGGACCCACCACCCAGCAGCCACGGCCCCAGGCCCAAGGUCCUCCCAGCUCCAGGUUAUCAAAGGAAGCAGAGCCACAGCCACAGCCCCAGCCAGAGCCACAGCCUGCGCCACAGCAGAAGCCUCAGUCGCAUCCGCAGCUUAACAAGUCGCAGUCCUUGACCAACGCCUUCAGCUUCACAGAGUCCUCCUUCUUCAGGUCAUCUGUGAACGAAGACGAGGCCAAAGCCGAGACCAUCCGGAACCUGAGGAAAUCCUUUGCCAGUCUGUUUUCUGAUUAG